AUGAGACGGCGCUUGAUGAUGUGGUACGUCGCGAAACGGGAGAAACACAACGGCAUUCCCGAGCCUCCAACCCUUCCAAAUCCGCGACCGCAUAUUUUAACGCCAUCACCUUCAGUGGAAGCCUUGUCCCAAUCACGACAGGCCGCAACUUUCUUCCAGACGCUGCCAUAUGAGAUCAGAAGACAAAUUCUGAUUGAGGCCUUUGGUGAUCGAACAAUCCACAUGGACCUUACCUAUGGCCACCCACCGAUGCCGGGCAAGAAGGAUGCACACGCCAUGAUUCAAGAAUGGAGGUUAGGCCUGGAUAAGAGCCGACCAAAGUCUUGGUACUGGAGAGGCUGCACUUGUCAUCGCAAGCCUCCACCCUGGCACCCCUCUUUCUCGACAGAGUCUUAUAGUGCGAGAGCAGUUGCUAAUGACGGAUGUUGCGUGGGUCUCGCACACUGCUGUAGCAUGUGGACUAAGAACGGCAAAGAGCUCUAUGGGUGUUGGAUUGGUGCUAUGGGAUGGCUUCAAACAUGCCGACAGGCUUAUAAUGAAGGCGUCGAUGUCCUGUACAGUACAAACACCAUACACAUCUCAAGCGCAACCCUGCUUGUCGACCUUCCAUCAUAUAUCGUCCCGCAAAGGUUAUCAGCCAUAACAUCCCUGGAAAUCAUCUGGUUUGUUGAAACAGACGUCUGUAUAGGCAAGAAUCUCCCACGCGAAAAGGACCUAAACGCAAUCCUCCUGAUUCUCGACAAUCACUUCCCUAGUCUCAAGAGACUCAACCUGGCGUUGAAGCUCGGCUUGUCUAAAGAUGUAGAAACGCAGCUCAAAUAUCUCUUUGUUAUUCUUGACGAAUUCUUCAUCCGUCACGUCUCUGAUCGCAUGCGGGAACCUUUCGCCGUUUCUAUCUCGUACGUUGCGUACGUUGAAUUGCGACGCGAGAUAGUUCGCAAUCAAGGUCAUAAAGAACAGGUGUUUCACUGGCAGAUAUGGCGCUUCUUCAGCGGUGAAUAUGUUCUGCCGCAGAAGCCAUGGACCGGGAACUAUUUUAAUAUGACUCCUGGGGCGAGAUGCAAUAAUGGCUAUUGGAUUUACCCUGGUGAAGUGAAUACCUGCACUGGAGGGGCCGGGAGCUAA